UAUUGCCAAAAGUAUUGUCCCCGCCCUCCCAAUCAUGUGGUUCAGGUGUUCCAAUUCCCUCCCAAUCAUGUGAUUCACGUGUUCCAAUUCCCUCCCAAUCAUGUGAUUCAGUGCCGCCAAUUUAUGCAGCGCUUUACAUAUACACUAUAUUGCCAAAAGUAUUGUCCCCGCCCUCCCAAUCAUGUGAUUCAGGUGCUCCAAUCCCCUCCAUGGACACAGGUGUAUACAAUCAAGCCCCUAGGCAUGCAGACGGCUUCUACAAACAUUGGUGAAAGAAUGGGUCACUCUCAGGAGCUCAGUGACUCCAAGCGUGGUCCCGUGAUAGGUGGCCACCUGGGCAAUAAGUCCAUCCGUCACAUUUCCUGGCUACUAAAUAUUCCACGCUCAACUGUUAGUGGGAUU